AUGACGAAGAAGAUCCAAGGAGCUUGUACAUUGUGUCUGCAUCAUGUCGCUCUUCUCCAAAGGAAUCCUGGUUCAUCACUGCAGUGCUCCAGAAGCUUUAGUACACUCAGGGAAGGAAAGCGUAGGGGGUUGUUACGGAAGACACUUGCCACCAUCGCAGUGGGUGUGCCAGUGGCGGCGGGUGUGAAAUAUGCCGUGUCGGACAAGAGAGAGCGGAGGAAGAUGAGGAUAGUGACUGAAGGAUUUGGUCGGUUCUGCAGAUCUCUCUAUGUGGGACUCGUGAUAUCAGUGGACUACUGGUGGACCACCAAUGUGUCUCUUCGGGGUUUGGAUGAGAGCAGCCCAUCCUACACUUCGGCAAUAUCAGCUUGCCACCAAAGAGCGGCAGAGAGCAUGGUGGAGGGUGCCAUAAAAAAUGGCGGCUUAUACAUCAAACUGGGCCAAGGUCUGUGCUCUUUUAACCAUCUCCUGCCGCCUGAAUACAUCCGUACCUUGCAAGUCCUGGAAGAUAGAGCCUUGAAUAGGCGAUACAAAGAGGUGGAUGCUCUUUUCCAAGAAGACUUCAACAAAAGCCCACAGGAGAUGUUUAAAAGCUUUGAUUAUGAGCCUAUAGCUGCUGCCAGCUUGGCUCAGGUUCACAAGGCAGAACUCUUAGAUGGAACUUCCGUCGCUGUGAAGGUGCAGUACAUUGAUCUCAGGGACCGCUUUGAUGGUGACAUCAGGACAUUGGAGGUACUGCUGGAUAUUGUCAAAUUCAUGCACCCGAGCUUUGGAUUCCGAUGGGUACUCAAGGAUCUGAAGGGGACUCUGGCACAAGAGCUCGACUUCGAGAACGAGGCCAGGAACUCGGAGAGGUGCGCCGACGAGCUGAAACACUUCAAAUUUAUUGUGGUGCCAAAAGUGUUCUGGGAGCAAACCAGUAAGAGGGUGUUGACGGCCGAGUUUUGCAAAGGUUGUAAGAUCAACAAUGUGGAAGAAAUUAAAAGACAAGGACUGAGCUUGAAAGAUGCCGCCGACAAGCUGAUCCGAGCAUUUGCUGAGCAAAUAUUCUACACGGGUUUUAUCCAUGCUGAUCCACAUCCUGGAAAUGUUCUUGUGAGGCGAGGUCCCGACAACAAGGCAGAGUUGGUGCUUUUGGAUCAUGGCUUGUACGAAUACCUCAGCCAACAUGACCGUGUGGCUUUGUGUAAAUUAUGGAGAUCUAUCAUCCUGCGAGAUGAAGCUGCUAUGGAAAUGUACUCCAAAGCGUUAGGUGUCAAAGAAUACUUCCUCUUCUGCGAGAUGCUGCUACAGCGGCCCAUCAACAUGCGCGAGUUGCGCCUGUGCAAUAUCCUGAGUGGAGAGGAGACGGCCUACAUGCGCCAAAUGGCUGUCCACCGCUUCAACAGCAUCAUGGAAGUGCUCAAAUCCAUGCCCCGGCCCAUGUUGUUGGUCUUCCGGAACAUCAACACGGUUCGGAGCAUCAACAUCACGCUGGGAGCGCCUGUUGACCGCUACUUCGUGAUGGCCAAAAGUGCGGUGCGAUCUUGGGGAAAGAUCCAUGCAGAGAAAACCAGUAUGCUGCAUAGAUUCUGGGUAGUCCGCUGGUUGUGGACUAGAUGGGAAGGCCUCAAGUUCGAGCUGGCUUUAAGAUCAGAGAUGGCGUUGAUGAGCGUGACCCGCUCCUUCGUUAACCUGCUGACCUACUUGGGUGUCAUCUCUCUGGAUUCUGAAAUGUAUGAGUACCUAAGAUAG